UGUCCACGGUGCUGUGACACUGAACCGGCUAUAAAAGCACUGAUGCGCAUAUCAUGCCCACACAACGAUGGGACUUACACGUUUUUAUUCACCAUACACAUUUCUUGUGGCCACGCGUUAUUAAUUCGUGGCCACCUAAUAAUCAUCUCGUUCGCACGCAUUUAAGCAAGUCGUGGCCACGGAAUAAGAUCUCGUUCCCACGCGUUAUUAAUUUGUGGCCACGGAAAUUUUUUUUUCCACCCAUGUCACCAGAAGGGCUCCGUAAUUUGACCCUCAAUGUAUGCAUUCAUCCAUUGCUUCAAUUGAAAGUUUCUUACAUGGGUUGUAAAAAUGUAACACUCUCAUGUUUCCUGUUCUUCCUAUUCUGUUGAAUCUUUAUUGGUUUUUAAAGCUCUUAAGGGUAUUUGGCCUUCCAAUUGAACUAAAUUGGCUUUUACCCUAUUUACACAGGGCUGCCCCAGGAUAAAUUGGGGCCCUAAGCAGAAUUACUGUCAGGUAACACAUGAAAUGAUGUCCUCGGCCCCCAAAUGUGGCAAUCUGAUCAAAGGCUUUUCCAUCUGGUUAUAAUAUCAACUGAGUGAUACACAAAAGUGAUGUCCUCAUAAAAAACAUUAUAUUCACAUGGGUCUCUUCAGGCAUCUUUAAACCAAAUACAAACAAACCUACAGUUUGUUUAUAAUGGGUCACAACAGCUAAAGUAGGUGGUCUUUCACUCUACUCCCCGCUUUUGUCUCCUCCUUCCUAUUUCACAUAUAAUCUUUCCAACUCAACUUUGCAGUCAGUCCUGAAAUGGCGCUGUGUUUGGUAUUGUUCUUUCUGUUUGCAGGGACUAGUUUGGGGCUGGAGAAUACACAGGCCUUGAAUGUGUCUCAAAGAUGUGAGGAGGACACCAACACCUUUAUCUGGGAAAUUAACCAGGAGACACCGAAGGAAUAUACUGUUUUCAUGCACAAUGCAUCUGGAAGGAUUGGUGGCAAUGUUACAGGAGGUGACGUCAACCAAACUGGUUCGCUGGACCAGUGUCAAUCUGCCCAUGGUCCUACUUUCUCUGGACAGUACUGCCAGGCAUUUCUCUCACAGGGAACUGUCCAGCAUGUUGUGGGUGUUUGUGUCCCUGACUCCUGCAGUGAAGAGGACGUACAUUUUCUUGUGCUGCAUGGGAGACUUCAGUAUGGUCAGACAGCGCUUAUUUCACCAAUACUGGUCAACCAGUCCAUUCAGGAGAUGACCAUGUUACGAUGUUUGCCCAACAACACCAUUGCUCCAGAUGCAUCUGGUCAUGGAUAUGUGGCCUGUCUGUUUGUGUGUUGCUUAAUGGUUGCAAUUCCUCUAGCAGCUACCAUGUUCACUGCUUUGUUAAGCUGGCAAAAGAACAAGGAUGUCAGUCCAUCUCCAGAGGCAUGCUGUAAAAACACUGCACUAAACCUUUAUGGGGGUUUGAAGUCCAAUGACUCCUGCAGCAGUGACAUGAACAUAAGUACUUCAGAGGAGUUUAAUAAACACAAACCAGUCUGUUUUCCACGACGCUGUCUGGAGCGGUGGCUGCAGGCAUUUUCUCUACAGAAUACCUGCCGUGGUGUCUUCAGCACAACCUCAUCAAUCCCAGGAGGAGGAUACUCCUCCCUGAAUGGAAUCCGUGCUCUCUCUCUGUUAUGGAUCAUAUGUGGCCAUAAUAGCACAUCCACUUAUUACUACAACAUCGAUAAUGCUGAAGAAUGGUUUGAAUAUAUAAGGAGCAGCCUUUUUCAUAUUAUCACGGCUGGACCAGGUUUUCUGGCUGUAGACACCUUCUUAGUGCUUGGGGGUAUGCUUAGUGCCAAGUCUCUGUUAGGCUCCAUCAACAGGGCAGAGGGCAAACUGAGUGUCUCUGUGGUGGGAAACUACUUCUACAGCAGGAUCAAAAGGAUUCAGCCACUACAUAUAUUCUGUCUGUGUCUAUUGAUCGGUGUGUACUCGCUGGUCAAGUGGGGACCCUACAUGGCAUAUUUGAAAGAAGUAGAAACUUGCAAGAAAUAUUGGUGGGCUAACAUUCUGUUCAUCAACAAUCUCAUAAAUUAUGAGCACACAUGUUUACCUUGGACAUGGUACUUAAGUCUAGACUUCCAGUUUUAUGCCACCACUCCUGUGUUACUCUAUCUUCACAAAUUGAACAGAGGUGUGUUUGCAGCUGUGGUAGGAGGUUUGUUGCUACUAACCACUGCUGCUGGUGCCAUUUUGACAGCACUAAAUCACUUUCUAGUCUAUAUACCAGGAACAUGGAGCCCGGAGGAAAGGCAAUCACAAUUAACAAUGUACUAUACUAAACCUUACACAAGAUAUGGCCCAUAUUUACUUGGGAUCCUGCUUGGAAUACACUUUGUGACAAAAAAAGAUCAGCUCAUAAAGAAAAAGUGGCAGGCAGCACUCGGUUGGUUCUGCACUAUUUUCCUCAUGGCAGUGGUGUUUGGCUUGGCCUUUGCCCUCAGGGAGACCCCAGACUACCCAUCUGUGCCACAUGCCCUCUAUCAGGGACUGCACAGAACAGUCUGGGCUUUGGCUAUCGUCUGGAUCAUUGUUGCCUGUGAGGAAGGAUAUGGAGGUUUAAUCAAGAGUGUCUUGUCACUGGGUUUCUGGAUUCCAAUUUCCAACAUUAGUUUUGCUGCCUAUUUGUUCCAUCCUAUUGUAAUAUCCCUGCAUAAUGGAGUGCAAGAAAACACAUUUCACUUCACAGUCUUCAACUUUAUGAUCCUGUACUUUGGCCGCUUACUGCCGUCACUGUUGAUUGGCUACAUGUUGACUGUGCUGAUUGAGAAGCCCUACUUCCUAAAAUACAACCGUAAAUAGAUACAGUGGACAUCAGAAAACACAAUUGAAACUGUAUCAACACAUUGUCAUUUAAUAAUUGUAAAUUAUUGUCAUAACAUUUUAUAUUAUCAUAUUAUUUUAAAUUGAUGCUUGUAAGUCCCACAGCAUUGUAAGUGGGCAUGUGCGUGUUCAGCACUAUUUUCUGUAUGUGUUCCGGCACCUCAUGAUUUACAAAUGACGCACUGGUUAUAGGCUAUACCUGGUCAUAUUGCUGUUGGUUAUGUUUAACGUGAUGAUUACAUGCUGCACGAAUAGAGUAUAGGAUAAUAAAAAACUAUACAUACUGUAGGCUAAUAAUUGUUCCCCCCCAUGCAUUUCAUAUGCCCCCCUUAAAACUAAGGUCUGGCGACGGGUCUGGUUUGGACUGUCCUUUGUAGAGUGUGUUCUGUUUUCUCAAACCCUAGAUUGUUUUGUAUUAAAUACAACACACAAUUUAAUUGAAAUAAAAAAUGUAUCCUGUG